GUGUGUGUGUGUGUGAGUAUGAGAAACUGUCAAUGCUUCACGCUGCAGGGCAUCAUCGCACGCCACAGAUCAAUAAGCUUAAGGCACUUGGCUGUCUUUCCCGUGAUGCCUGAUUUUCCAGAACAUCCGGUGACAAGGGAGUAGAAGAAAUAAAAGAAGGUUACCAUGUAGAAUCCUGGCACGGAGCACUCUGCCAGUCCCUUAUUCACUCCCAGUUACACCUCUCUCUCCCCUUCUCUCUCUCUCUCUCUCUCUCCUCAACCGGAUCUUGGACCGGUGACAUCUUCAUGCGCUUCAUGUUGGAGUCGAUUUUUUGUUCCUCACACGUGUGCAGAGUAGGUUCUUCUGUUUACCAAGUCUCUCCGCAUGUGUGCAUGUGUUUGUGUACGUGCGUUAAGGGUUCGGUUGUCGGUUGGCUAAAGCAUUCGGGAAGAAAAUCGACCGUCCGGUCGGGGUUGGAGUUGAAAAGGUAUCAAUUUCCCGCGAGGCAUUCGCGAGGGGCAUGCGCACGGCCGUGCAGGUGACUGCACGACGAAAUACCACGAAAUGCACGAAACCCGACCGUCCCGGCUGCUGGUGCGGCGGUGUUAUUGACGCCUGGCCAGUAGUUUCCCAGGACGGGGUGGUGCAUCGUCACCGGUCGCUAGUCUUAGUGCCUUCCGUCGUGUUGUUUUUCUUGCCUCGGUUUGUUGUGAUGCGCCGGUUCGCUAAACGGUAGCGCGCAACGAUGCCGAACCCUGCCAGGGACAGUCGAUGCCGCACGCUGACGCUUUACUUCCACAUACCGCUGGCUGCGGUGCUGCUCUACUGGUAUCGGCCCUAUCUGUUUGACCAGCUUACCGUCGGUACGACACAGGCACCGCCACCCCCACACCAUGCCACAUCGGACGCGCUGGUACCGCCCGAUCCGGGCCACACCGAUCUCUCGGUGAAGCUGUCCUACUCCACCCUGCACAUGUACGAGACGGCGGCCAUCUGCUCGGAUUCGGACAUUUGCAGCAACAUCGGUCGCGACCUGCUCAAGCGGAAUGGCACUGCAGUGGAUGCCGCCAUCGGGACCAUGUUCUGUGCCGGGCUGACCAACCUCCAGUCGAUGGGUUUGGGCGGCGGGUUCGUGAUGAACGUCUACCGGCGGGCGGAGCGGCGGGCCUACACGCUGGACGCGCGCGAAAUCGCCGCCGGCCAGGCGACGGAGGAUAUGCACCUGCACGAUCCGAGCACGACGAACGAGGGCCCCCUGUCGGUGGCGGUACCGGGCGAGCUGAAGGGCUACUGGGAGGCGCACCGGCGCUUCGGCCAGCUGCCGUGGGCGGAGGUGGUCCGCCCGAGCCGGGAGCUGUGCCGCCGGGGCAUACCGAUCUCGAAGCACAUGCAAGACUCACUGUCCUUUAACUCGAAAGCACUGCUAGACGAGCGGAUCAGGGAUCUCUUCACAGAUCCAGCCACCGGGCGGCGCAAAGUGCAGGGCGAUCUGAUACAACCGACGCAACUGUGCGAUACGCUCGAUCACAUCGCCACCGAGGGUGGUGACACGCUUUACCAUGGUCCCCUGGCGGAAGAGUUUGCAGCAGAUCUCAAGGACAUGGGUAGCAUCAUAACGCUGGAAGACCUACGAAGCUAUCGUGUUCGCUGGAACGAAUCUAUACCGAUCGAGCUGAACGGAGAUACAAUGUACGUGGCGCCUCCUCCGGCAAGCGGUGUCCUGCUGGCGUUUAUCAUGAACAUCCUCAAGGGCUAUCACUUCCAGCCAGACGAUGUGCACAGCAUCGAGGAAACAAUCCUCACCGUGCACCGUAUCGUGGAGGCGUUCAAGUUUGCGUACGGAAAGCGAACAGAAAUCGGUGACCCAUUGUUCGUGGAUAUUGCGGAGCUGACGUCCAAUCUCACCUCGAUCGAGUACGCGGAAGCGAUACGUGCUCGUAUAGAUGAGAUGAAAACCGGAACCAAACCGGGCGACUAUGACGGAUACUUCUUUACUCCAAACAAUGAAGGCACGGCACACAUCUCCGUGCUAGCACCAUCCGGAGAUGCAGUGUCGGUGACUAGCUCGGUCAACUUCUACUUUGGAGCGGGCCUGAUGGGACCUCGUACCGGGAUCAUUGUGAACAGUGGGAUGGAUGACUUCUCUUCUCCAGGCCUGCGCAACUAUUUUGGACUGCCCGGCUCGAAGGCUAACUUUAUUCGGCCCCGAAAGCGAGCUCUAUCCUCCAUGUCACCCACGAUCGUGACCGAUCCAGACCAUGAGGUCAAGCUGGUCGUUGGAGCAGCUGGUGGAACGAAAAUUACCACCGCCGUUGCAUUGACCAUAAUGCGUGUCCUAUGGUUUGGAUAUGAUAUAAAAGAAGCGAUUGAUGCGCCACGGUUUCACCAUCAAUUGAUCCCGAUGGCUGUACAGUACGAGUAUGGUAAUUUGGAUCUGAUCGUAAAGGGACUGAGAGCUAAAGGACAUCACACGAUGCGAUAUCGGGAACGUGGUUCCAUCAUAUGUGCCAUCGCCCAGAAUGCAUCCGGCAUUUACGCGAAUGCCGACUUCCGGAAGGGUGGCGAUGUUGCCGGUUUUUGAAACAUUAUCCAAAAAGAAGUCAUGGUCGCAUUCAAGUGCAACUUAGCCUUAAAACUAAUAAGAUAGGUAUGGUUAGGAGCAAUCGUUAUAAAAUAGUUACAGCAUUUAAGCAACAUCAAUCUUAAACAAAAGCAAAGACGCGCGCCUGGCGUCUAUCGCUGUCUUUAACUCUCUUUCUCUCGUGGUGCUAGCUAGAUAGUGUACAGUUUUUGUAAAAUGUUACUAGGUACAAUUUAUGUUUAUCAGUUAAGGUAAACGUGCCAUUUUUCCCUUUAAUUCAAGGGUUAAAUGGGUAAAUAUGGAAGAAUUCUACUAGAAUUUGAGGCCGCAUAAGCAAUCUAAAUAAAACAAAUCAAUUUGUUUCCUCAAA